GCAGGUUUCACGCAAUCCUAUGCCCUCUGUGUUGCAGGAAUGGCGACUCUCGCGUUAAUGCGAAGCAGUCUAGGGUUAUUAAAUAGUCUUAAAUAUUCCUUAAAAAGCGUAGGGCAUAUUCCCUAUGGUGCAACCGCUGGGGCAAUUGUUCGGACAAACGUGUUGCAAAAUGCAAGAUGGUAUUGUGCUCGCCACCUGUCUGUCCAAGAGAGAAUCGAUAAGAAGCGAAAUGCUGCUCUUGUUGGAGGAGGACAGGAGAGGAUAGAUGCACAGCACAAAAGGGGUAAACUGACAGCGAGAGAGAGAAUUGAACUUUUGCUCGACCCCGAUUCAUUCGUGGAGUAUGACAUGUUUGUGGAGCACCGCUGUACUGACUUCGGCAUGGAUGCAGAUCGUAAUAAGUAUCCAGGUGACAGUGUAGUGACUGGACAAGGAAGAAUCAAUGGCAGAGUGGUUUUUGUUUUCAGCCAGGACUUCACAGUGUUUGGAGGCAGUUUAUCAGGGGCUCAUGCUCAGAAAAUCUGCAAGAUCAUGGACCAGGCAAUGAUGGUGGGAGCUCCAGUUAUCGGUCUGAAUGACUCUGGUGGUGCCCGCAUUCAGGAAGGUGUGGAGUCUCUCGCGGGAUAUGCUGACAUUUUUUUGCGUAACGUGAUGGCAUCAGGUGUAGUUCCUCAGAUUUCUCUCAUCAUGGGCCCAUGUGCAGGUGGUGCAGUAUACUCACCCGCUCUCACAGACUUUACUUUCAUGGUGAAGGACACCUCUUAUCUCUUUAUCACCGGGCCAGAUGUGGUCAAAUCUGUUACAAAUGAGGACGUAACGCAGGAGGAGCUGGGUGGAGCAAAAACCCACACUACAGUAUCUGGUGUUGCCCAUCGGGCCUUUGAGAACGAUAUUGAUGCCCUUUUAAACCUAAGAGCAUUUUUCAAUUAUCUUCCACUAAGCAACCAGGAUGCAGCUCCUGUCAUUGAGUGUCAAGAUCCCAAGGAUCGCCUGGCUCCUGGUCUGGAUACUGUUGUUCCACUUGAAAGCACGAAAGCGUAUGAUAUGCUGGACAUCAUUCGCACUAUAGUAGAUGAAAGAGAAUUCUUUGAGAUUAUGCCCAACUAUGCCAAAAAUAUUGUGGUGGGAUUUUCCAGGAUGAAUGGCCGGACUGUAGGCAUAGUAGGAAACCAACCUAAAGUGGCGUCUGGCUGCUUGGACAUAAACUCGUCUGUUAAAGGGGCUCGAUUUGUUCGGUUCUGUGAUGCCUUCAACAUUCCCAUUAUAACUUUUGUGGAUGUGCCAGGAUUCCUUCCAGGCACAGCUCAGGAGUACGGAGGCAUCAUCAGACACGGAGCCAAACUACUUUAUGCGUUUGCAGAGGCGACGGUUCCAAAAAUCACCGUCAUCACUAGGAAGGCCUACGGAGGAGCUUAUGAUGUGAUGAGCUCCAAACAUUUACGAGGCGAUGUCAACUACGCAUGGCCCAGUGCUGAAGUUGCAGUGAUGGGUGCAAAGGGUGCUGUUCAAAUCAUCUUCAGAGGAAAGGAGAGCCAAGCCGAGGCUGAAGCUGAAUACAUCGAGAAGUUUGCCAAUCCGUUCCCAGCUGCUGUCAGAGGCUUUGUGGAUGACAUCAUUCAGCCCUCAACCACACGCAAGAGGAUCUGUAGAGACCUGGAGGUGCUGGCCAGCAAGAAACAGACCAACCCCUGGAAAAAACAUGCCAACAUUCCUUUGUAAAUCUUAGCAUUACUUGUUUUAUAACACAUCUCAGUAUUUGUCGUUAUUCAGACAUAAACUGUAGUAAAGUAGUAAAAAAAUCAUGUUUUAUACAUGGUUUGUUGUGCCUUAUCUUCGUUACCUGUAUACGUCAUGCGGUUAUUUAAACAUUCUCAUAAACAAUAAAAACACUCCCACAGUU